AUUUUCAUCGUGGCCAUGUCAAUCAUUUACAUCGUCACUGCACUGCUGCAUCCUCAAGAACUUCCUUUGUUGUUCUAUGGCCUACUCUACAUCAUCUGCAUCCCAAGUGCCUACCUCCUGCUCACCAUCUACUCCAUGGUCAACAUGAACAGUGUCUCAUGGGGAACCAGAGAAACAAAACYKACUGCAGAGGCCGAAACAACUGCAGCCAACAUCCAGCAAACUAAAACCCAAAAAGCAAAAAACUCCUUCAAACGACUCUGCUCACAGAUGAAAUGCUGUAAAAAAUCUAACCAGCGAGUAGAAGACGAACAGAUCACCAUGAGACAGGAGAUCCCAGAGUCUAUGCAGCUUGAACCUCAACCCCAGAACAGUAUUGUGGAUGAUUCCCCCCAAAGAGAACAAGAGUCAGAGGAGACCAAUUUUUACACUCCAGUUCAAUGUUGGAAAGCACAAGUGGAGAGUUUGUCCAGAGACAUUCAACUGCAAGUGGAUUCUCUCGAUGAGGAUGAGGAGCGGUUUUGGAAGGAACUUAUUGAAAAGUACCUGGAACCUCUGCAGAAUGACAAAGAAAAACAGGAAAAGACUAAAAAUGAGCUGCAAGAUCUUAGAAACAAGAUCAAUUUUUCAUUCUUCUUCUUGAAUGCCCUGUGGCUGGUGGCAGCCUUCGUCUUUCAAGUCUUUGAGGUCUUUCAACUCAAGUUUGACAUCGUUGACUUGAACCUCAACAAAACUGGUAAACAGUUCCAAGUUGAGCCAAUAAGCCUCAUGUUCAUCCUGGGCUUUGCUCUCUCAGUUUUGCUCCAGUUUAUUGGGAUGUUGUACCACAGAAUUAUGACCCUCAUUCAUUAUGUGGCGUUUUUGGAAACGGAGCCAAAACAACAAAAGUCUGCAAGAAAAGAGAAUGCCUCCAUGUCCAAUGCAGAUUCAAGCUCACUCUUCAACUCCGUGACUGACAUGAGCACCGUCUCACAGGAAGAAAGUGAAUUUUAUUUAAGUGAUGAGGAGUGGGAGGAUGAAAUCUACUCUCUACAGGAGAUUGGGGAUGGAACUCAGGAGACUUAGGUUUUUAACAAGCCUGUUUCUGCACCUAAACACUUUUAGCACUUUGAUGUAUCUGCUGUUGCACAGAUCUUUUUAAAUGGCGCUGCAAAGUAGGACACAUACCAUGAAGGCAACCCCAAGAUGAAGUAUUUUAUUUAAAUGUUGUGACUUCUUAACUAUUUAUCAUUUUGAAAAACAGAGGUCCUGUGACAGUUUUUUUAUGUUGUUCCUUUUUUGUAUAACAUUUUUAUGUAUUAUCUAGUGUGUAGAUUGGGUCUUGAAAUCAGUGAUCAAUAUUUACUUUGAAUCAAAACUGUCUAAGCUAGUCAGUCCAUUAAUGGAAGCUUMAUAAAUGUGAUAAAUGUUUGAUUUAUUCUAUUGAUUUAUUCUAUUCAUCAGAUUUUUUUAUUAACUCAAUAAUUUUAAUUUAUUGCAGUUCAUUGAAGGAAAAACCUGAAGGAUGAAUUAAUCUUGAAAGUACAAUAUUACUACAGUGUUACUACUGUCAUAAGCUAUUCAAGGAGGUUCUUACUUUGGAAAAACCUGUAAAAUCUGGUUGGCUCRCUACUUGAAUGUUAACUCAGAAACUGUUUUGCUAAAAAUGCAAAUGUUAAAUUACCUUUAUUCUUUUUGAAUUGUUUCGUGUGAUCCGSAAAGCAUACACAUUGUUUACAAUAUGUAUUUCCUGUUGUCAGCAUCUUUGUUUUUCUUUUAAAAAUGUAAAAAUGUGUAAGUUUAAUAUAUUAUAAAGUAUUUGUGUUAUGGCCUAUUUUUUAUUUAACAAGAA